AUGGCACAGAGCCCGUUUCAUGUCGACGACACACUUCACUCUUCCGAGCCUCAACCAUGGGGAUACGUUCCAACACCCGGGUACUUCGGCAGCCCGUACGCCACGCGAUCUAUCUCAAGUCCCUCUCCGUCUAGCGUACUUCAGACUGGAAUCGAGCGAACAAGUAGACCUGGCCCCGAUUCUCUCAGAUUCAUUCAGCUAUCUGAAUGGGAAGAAGGAAGAGCCUACCAGGCGGACCCGCCAACCUGUAUCCACUACCAAAUAGAGUGGCGAGUGACAAUCAACAAUCGGGAGGUGUCGCAGGACACGGAAGAAGACCUUACGUUAGCCCCAAGCUCCUUCUGGCCAUUAUCCCUGGAGAAAAAGCUCGAGAAAGUUCUUCGACGGAAGACUAGCCGCCACCGUCGGGUGACAGCUAAUGAUACUGUCAUCACCGUAUUAACAAGUGAUCGUACCAAACGCAAACUGACGAAACGAUUUAACGAUACCGACAUCAUUUGGACCGCUAUCGAGAAACAGCUUGUGAUGUGGUCUGAUGUUUUGUUCCGGGGUAAGGAGCUCACACCGAAGAUCAGUUUCAACUACAUAAACGAUCGUCGCUCUUCCCCAACCUGGAAAAAACACUAUCCACCCAAAUCCCAUCAUAUAAAACGUCUUAUCGCCCACGUUAAGAAGGGAGGGGUUCUAGAAGGUCAUAAAGAUAUGCCCGAAGCCGUACGCGACGAAUUAUACAGGGAGGAGCACAAGAGGCCCAGCAAAGGCAAGCGCAAAGGAGGCCACGUCGAUAGGUCUAGAGCACCAUAUCCUCCCAUUAAUAUUAAUAUCCUGCCCUCACAGUCUACCAUCCAUGGGAUAGAUGUUUCUACUUCUAAAGCGGCGGUUGACUUAACGGCUCUGAGCCCCCUUGAGAUCCCGGGUGCCACAGACAUAGCCGUCAAGGAGUAUACUGAAUGGCUAGUGUCGACUGUCGAAAGGGAUACCCUCAAAGCCGCAUUCCGACAAACGUGCGAGGUGAUGCUCGAGAACGGCCUCGAUCUCGAGCAAGUGUACAAGGACCAAGACCCAAAUUUUUCAAUCGAGAGAGGAAUAAAAAUAGGCAUCGUACGUCGAUUUGUAGAGAAUAUCGCAAAGUGGGUCAAGGAGGUGAAGCAAGCGGUGCGUAUUUAUGAGAUUCUUUAG